AUGACUGGAAGGAGAUCAGGAAGGGUCAAAAAGCAUUUUGAUUACUCAUCUUUUCUUGAAAAUGAGAAGAGUGAUGAAAGUGAUGAUGACUUUGUUGGAAGUUCAGCUCCACCUCUGAAAAAAUCCAAAUCAAGCCAGGAAGAGAAGAUUAAGAAAUCUGAAAACACUUUAACUCCAGAGAAACAAAAACACAGUAAUGCAAACAAAAGCACAAAAUCAAAAAGAAAGAAACUCGAUGAAAAACUAUUUGAACGUGAUAUAAAAAUGGCCAUGGAAUUGUCAAUGCAAAAUGCUGACCCAGAAAAUAGUCUUGAAAGUAAAACUAGUUCUUGUGAAACAAAGUCUGAAGCCAAUGAAACCUCACCUCACAAAGAAUUACUGUAUCUGUCUCGCCAUGACAUCCACUCCCCACCCAAAUCUCCUCCUGUAUUGACCUUAAGCGGGUCAAAUAAAAAUAAUGGUCAAACCAAGAGCCACACAAAUGAGCAACCUGUUAUGCCAGUCUUGACACCUAUCAUGGAUGGACCAUCUGAUGAUAUCGAAUUUCUUGGGUUGGCUGAUGAAGAGGAAAAGAAAACUAAUCUAAAUCGAAGGACAUCAGGUCGAACGGCCAAGAAAAUAAUUGAAUUUGAACCUGAAGAUAGUAAUGAUGAUGAUUCUGAAUUUGAGAACCAAGAAAGUAACUCUGAGGAAAACAGUGAUUUUGAAGAAAAACCAAAAAAUAAAAAGAAGAAACAAGUUCUUUCCACAAAAUCAAAAAAAGAAAAUAGAAAUCAUUUGGCAUGCACAAAUUUAAGCCAAGUUCAAAAGAAAACAGAAGCCAAAAAGUCUGUUUUGUCACCUUUAUCAUCAGCUCCAGCUCAACGUUCUACAAAUUCCAUUAAAACAGUGCAGAAAUCUCCUCCUAGCACUGAGAACAUUAAUGUCACCUCAUCUAUAAAUAUAAACAGGAAGACAACUUCAGAACAAGUGGCUCCAGCUAAAUUAACCCCCAGAAUACUAACAUGGAAUCCUUUUGGAAAGUCUGCUGGAAACAUUACUAACCUUGCAUCACCUCCAAGUAUACGUCGUUUGGGUCUUUCACGCAACCAGAAGGUGAAGCCACUGCAUCCUGCAUUAAAAGUGAAUCACUGA